AUGUCCGUCACCGUAGAGCAGUAUAAUCCGGAGUGGCCACAGCAAUUUCAGACGAUCAAAUCCGAGUUAGAAACGUACCUGAAAGAUGUCGCAUACCUCUCAAUCGAGCAUAUAGGCAGCACAUCGGUACCUGGUCUCGCAGCAAAGCCCAUUAUCGACACAGACAUCAUCGUCACUCAGGAGAAUGUUCAGCCUGCAAUCGACGCGCUUAUCUCAAACGGGAAUUUCGACUACCUGGGUGAACUCGGCUUGCGUUACCGCCAUGUCAUGAAGGACCCCAAUCAAUCACCGCGUCGCAACAUUUACGUGUGCGUGGACGGCGUCGCGCAAACGCGGAACCAUCUUGGAUUGCGCGACACUUUGCGCCGCGAUGUUGAAUUGCGGAACGAGUAUGCGCGCUUGAAACUGGAGCUGGCCUCAAAGAACACGAAUAUCAUCGACUACACGGUAGCAAAAGGCGUCGUCGUCAACAAGAUCCUCGAAGCUUCAGGCAUAUUGAGCAAAGACGAGCUAGCAGCAAUCAAGGAAGCGAACACGAUAGGCGAGAAUUUCAGCGCUUUGCGGACUGAGCGUUUGCUGCUGAGAGAGUUCGUGAUGGCAGAUGCAGAGGGCUACUUUGAGCUGGAAUCAAAUGAGGAGAAUGCGCGGUAUCAGGACUGGCCUCCUAGAACCAAGGAACAGGCACGUCAGCUUGUUAUAAACAACCUCCGUGACCACAACGACGUUCCACGCAUCAACUUUGAACUCGCCGUUGACUACCAAGGCCACUUUGUCGGUCGUGUAGGUGCCAAUCUCUCGCCUGCCAAUAACGACAAGCUCCCUGGCGAGAGCACGAUCAAGCAGGUUACGCACGCGAAUCUGUGGUUCUCCUUCUUACCUUCUGUACAGGGUAAGGGGUUUGCGACGGAAGCCAUGCAGGCAUUCAUCCAGGCUUUGACGAAGAGGAAGAGGGGGGCAGAGGAAGGAGGCAAGUGGGAAUUCGAAAUUGAAUGCGAUCCGAGGAACACCGGGAGUUGGAAGUUAGCCGAGAGGCUGGGGUUCGUAAGGCACAGUUUGACGAAGGAGGCGUGGCAGAGUAAGGGAGAGUGGGUGGAUAGUUUGGUGUAUCGGAAGGUGGUGGGCGAUGCGUGA